AUCCCACAGACUUUUUUGUUGCGAGGUCUUAGAGAAAAGCGUAAGUUCUGGCUGCUUUUGCGGAAGCUUUUGGCUUUCAUAAUGUUCGUCGCCAUUUAUUCGACUGAACCGAAACAUCUCGUAAGUUGAUUAGUUAUUUGACUGAGCGUCUAGACUCAUUGACACUUUCUUCAUACUUGCUAUCGCUAAGGAUCCGUGGUUCAAUAUAUUGUCGAAACUGAACUGCUAAUUCCAUCAGCAGGAAGUUUCACUGUUGAGUAGGGACAUUUCUAGUGCUCAUGAUUUCUAGGACUGGUUCACGAACUCUUUUCUUCGCAUGAUAUAUUCGGGAAGUGAUGGGGUCGAAGCGUAUACAGUUGCGUCACACACUGUUGUUCUUGAAGGCUUUCAUUUAUGGCAAAUUCUUUAUUCUUCACUUAAAUUCGGUGAUCUUGAAAACAGAGGCACUAAUUGCUACAGCGAUACUUCUCUGCUUCGAAACAGAACAUGUUAAUCAGCUAAAAUAGAAUCUUUUGAUCACUUUGGUGUUACUAAUGGAACCAGUGCAAGUAUCGCGGAACUCCAAAUGCUUGAAAUGUUUUCUUAUUCGACUAAAGAAGAUUUAGACGUCAGCGGAUACCAGGCCUUUUUUUUGCGGAUAACUUGUACUGGCAUUUAUGAAUUUUCGAAAGCACUUGAUGCGGGUGGAUCGUCAAACCAAUGAAGUGGCUAUAGCUAUGGCGCUGUCCAAUCUCAACCUUCGUAUCUUAUCGAUUGUGCAUUUGACAAUCAAUUUUAACCUCGCAGGCGGAGUCACUCCUUCUUCAGAUGUUCUUGUGCUGAAUCUUGAACCAUCAAGAAGAACAUAGUUCGCACAAUUUUGGAAGCUAUUUUUGUCAGUCACGUUGUCUUCUUUGCUCUUCUCGAAAUCUGGGAUGUAUGCAUCCUUGCUCGAGGUAACGUGAGAAAUGUAAGUGUGUAUUUCGAUUCACAUGCUGUUGGCAUUGUGUGCUGACCCGGUUUGCUUGAAUUUAGUACAUGGCUUGUAUGGGAUAAUAAAUAACAUCAGAGACUGGGCGAAUAUUGCAGUGAACAUUACUAUCAUUAUUUGGCGAUAUUGUCGUCAGAAAUCACUUACACGCCUUGAAUUGCUCGAGCUCGAGACAUUUGACAAAUAUAUUAAGCCACUACCCCUUAUGAUUUGGGACCGAAUACUUAUGGGCCUCAAUCUUUUUAACGUAUUAUUGCUGACUGCGCGGGCGCUGAAAUAUUUUCAAGUGACCAAGGGGGGACGACGUCUAAUGAGGAGUGUUAACGGAGCGACGCCCGAAGUAAUGUCUUUCGUUCCAAUUUAUUCAUCAGUCAUUGUGGGUUAUUCGUUUGCUGGUCAUAUGCUGUACGGUUUAAACUUUACCGAGUGGGCGACCUUCCCACGGGCAUUUUUUCGUGUCUUCGAGCUCAACUUUGGACUUUAUCAUCCAGGCUUAAUAAAUCGGCAAGGCGGGAUCUUUAGCGCCAUAUUUAUCCACACGGGAAAUAUCGUCUUUUGUAUUUUUAUGCUAAAUAUCUUUAUGGCUAUUGUCAAGCCCACGUGAGGACGCCUUUACGAGCUAGAGUCAAAUCGGGCUAAAGAGCAAGAGCAAUUUUCCCGUACGUUAGGGUUCGCCGACAUAUUGUUUCUAAUGGCCAUGAAAGAAAGUCAUGUUGACGCUCUCAUUAACGUGGUAAUUCAACCAAAAGCUGACAGAUUUAUUACCAGGAAUAUUCUCUGUAAGGUAUGGGACAAACUUGACGAUGAUAAGGUACCCGAAUGGACUGUACGACGCGUUCUUGGAUGGUACUGGGACCGUGACGAUCUUGCUGGGGCUUGGUGCUUACUACACAAGCUUUACAUCCUUCCAUUCCGCAGCUGCUGUAUCUUAAGCUUUUCCACGGCGAACGCAAAAGCUGUCGGCUUUCUUUUCAAAAACGCAUGUUGCUGGCACUGCUACUCCGGAUUUUAAUUUCGAUGUGGAGGAAGAUUUCGAAGAUGUCGAAGUUGUUAAGUCGGCUCGAAUUCUUGAAACAAAUCUAGAAAGUAGUCACACAUCAAAAGUGUCAGUGUUGCUCCUGAUUCCGAUUCUUUUGAUUCUUCUUCUACGCCAUGGGUUGCCACAAAUACUGGCGGACACGCUAAAUUGGGCGUAGAUGGGUAAAGGUAAGCACAAGUUCAAAAUUCAAGGGGUCAAACGAGAUUAUUCGGUCAACAUUGACGUUACUUUUCCCCGUCGUGCAAACUAGAAGCGCGCAUGACUCACUUUAUGAUUGGCAAUGAACUCACAGCGAUACUCGACAGGAGUAUUGCUUUGAGCUGGACAGUAGCGGUGAUGUCUGUCGGUGGUACCUUCAAUGAUAGCUGUACUUUUUAUUCAGCGGCUUAUUGACGAUGCCAUGGACUAUAAUAUAAAGCCUGUUUCGAGCAUUCAGUAACGCCCGUACUUAAUGCAACUUGUUUUUUGUAGCACAUCGUUAAUAUUUUCAGCAGU